CACCAACUCUCCUCACCCACACCCAUUUGUCGCAAACUCUUGCGCCUACACCAACCUUUCCAUCAGCUCUUCUUCCCCCCAACCGCGCACCAGCUCACCGUGCGCUGCCACCCGUCACUCUCGUGAACCCAGAAUCAAAAGUUCGUUCCUUCGUCAUGCUGUCUGCUGCCUUGCUCUCCGGAGUUGCCAUCUCUGCUUGCUCUCACCUCCCGGCGUCUCCUCCAGCCGUCCUCCCUGUCCUGCCUCUUUGUACUUUCCGUCUGCGACAGGCGACCCCUCCAUGAAUGUCUUUCUCCGUUCGCGAUCUAUUGAGUGUGUGAAUUGAGACGUUGGUAGAGCGCUGUCCGAACACCACGACACCAUGUCCAAGCUAUUCAUUGGCGGCCUUGCCUGGCACACCGAUGAUGCCACCCUCCGCACCAAGUUCGAGGAGUUCGGCACCGUCGAAGAGGCAAUUGUCGUAAAGGACCGUGAUACUGGCCGUAGCCGCGGAUUCGGCUUUGUUCGCUUCUCCCAGGAGGGUGAGGCCGACCAAGCGAUCGAGAACAUGAACAACGUCGAGUUCGAUGGCCGAACCAUCCGCGUUGACAAGGCGUCCGAGCGAUCCGGCGGAGGCGGAGGUGGAGGAGGAUACUCCCGUGGCGGUGGAGGUGGUGGCUAUGGCGGAGGCCGUGGAGGUGGAGGCUACGGCGGCGGAGGUAGCUAUGGAGGCGGAUACGGCGGACGCUCCGGCGGAGGCGGCGGAUAUGGCGGCGGUGCCGGCAACUGGGGCGGCAACCAGCAAUCAGGCUACUCCGGCGG